CAGCCACCGAAACCAAGAUUCGGGCGCUUACGAACCGCAACGCAGCAAGACCGUCAAAAUGUCCAACGACCUCCAGUGGCUCCUUCUCCGCAAAAACAAUGCCUUCAUGGUGAAGACGGUCGCGGAGGGUCCCGUCUUUUCCAGGGAGCCGGCAAACCUCACGAACAUCCACUCGUGGAAGUACUCCGGCCUUGCUAACUCCAAGACGAUCGCUGUGACGGACAGCGAGGCGGGCAUUAAGAUCACGACCCGCAAGGUGAAGGCGACGCCCAACGCCGUGCGCCCCGCCUACUCCACCUCCAUCAUCCGCAGCCGCUCGGGCGGCAGCCGCGCCCUCGGUGUCGCAUCCAAGGUCGCGAAGCGCGGCUACCGUCCUGACCUCCGCCAGGCUACGCUCGCCCGUGUAUCGGCCGUCCUCGCGUCGCAGAAGGAGAAGAAGGCCUACCCGCCGAAGAAGACACGGGGCAAGAGGAGAACCGAGGCAUAGGCGUGUGCCCGGCCACUUUGCUUUCUCUGCUUUCGCUCUCCAUUACUGCAUAUUGCAAACCAUGUGUAUGUUUGUACCAUGCAAUCCAUGCGACCCCGCUAUGCAUCGCA